AUGACGGUUGCAAAUGAAGUCAAACUUGUGAUUUUCGACAAAGAUGGUACCCUAGUCGAUUUCCAUCGUAUGUGGUUGCCUUGGGCAGCGAAUACGGUACAAUUAUUAGAAAGAGCCACGGGACGACCUGUGGGUGCAGCUGUCUACAAGACCCUUGGUGUGGAUCCGAUCCAGGGCAAAUUGGAUCGCGCUUGCAUGUUCCUCGAUGACGCAAGCAUAGGUAAUUCGGAGACGAAAUGUCCGCCGCUCGCCUCAUGGACAGCCCCGAUUCGAUUUUCGGCAGUCGUUCUCUGA